AUGAAAUCAAAGUAUCAUGUUCCUAAAAAGGAAUCUGCUAGCCUGGGAUCUGGUUCUGUGGUUGUAGUUGGUAGUCUAGUAGUAGAUUGGUAUUUGGUGUUGGAGCUGAAUACAAAAAGAAAAAAGCAAAGAGAGAGAGAAGAAGAAAUAAAAACUCUGCCUAUAGAAAGUGAUGCCUCUACAAAUAAUAUAGAAGAUGUUUCUCGCGAAUUUCAGUCAACACAAAAUCAAGAGAUUAGCUUUACACCAUUAGACUGUCCUAAAUCCAGUGAUUUGAGUAGUAGAGACGUGGACGAUGAUGAUAUGAUUUUGGCAACCAUUUUGAAUAAAGUAAAAGUAGUUGCCGAGUCAGUUGGCAUUUCACCAGAGUUUGUUAUCAAAAGGAAAGCCAGUGCAGAUGAAAGUAGAUCUGAACAACUUCAGCUAGAAGCAUCAAAUGAAUUCAAAUCUCCUGUUGUGCUUCCUAUUUUAGAUUUUGUCAUGGCAUAUUUGAGAACAAGAAUUAUGAACUGUGAACAAAUUUGUAAUCUGUUUUCACCAGUUUUGGCUUUUAGGGACCUAGAAAAUGAUGAACAGAAAGUUAAAACCACCAAUCUUGUCUCAAAGUAG